AUGGUGAUUGCAGGUGCACUGGCGAUUGCAGAGCGUCAGCGUGAGCGCUUCAAGCUUCAUCCAGGUACAUUGACCGCAGACAAGUUCGACUGGCUCCUCAAGACCUUUCGACUGCUCUCCACUCGACUGCUUCUCUGCGUCGUAUGUUUUGCGCUGGAUCGAUGGCAAGCGUGUGCGAUGAGGUGACAGACAGAGCCAAGCGAGGCUAAUCCUCUCGACUUGCGAUCCGCCGUGCGCGAUCCGUAGCUGCUGUGCCCGGUGAUGCAAGUUGCAGACCUGAGUGUGAGCAAUGCCUCCAACAUGCGCGAAUUCAAGUGUUGA